CCAAAGGAAACAACCCAGGCAAUAAUGUUCAUGGCCAACCUUCACGUGCCAAGAAUCACCACACGGGACAUAUCAGUAUGGAGUAUUUAAAUGACCCCCUUAAGAGGUCACAAACUCUAAGUAAAAGAAGGGCUACCAUCUUUAGUAAGAUGGAACAAUUAUCAAAACUGACCAAGACAGAAUUUGUGGUUAGAUGGAAAACCCCGACUGGUAGCAGUGGAAUUUUCAAGUCAGAUGGGAAAGAAGCAAAACAUGCAGAAAAUGGAGACUUAGCAGUACAGAAUGAAACUAUGUCAGAUCAAUCCCCACCAUCCUCAGCAGCAGAGCAAGCCCCAACAUCAGACAUACUACCUGUCAAUGAUCCUCAACCGGUCUUGGGAAACGAAGAACCUAAAUAUCCAGAACCUCCAAUGGAACCUAAAGUUCAAGAUCUGGGCAAUAAUGAUGCCCAAGGAAUCAAAUCUAAAUGUGACAUUUGCCACAAGAAAAGUGUCGGGAAGAAGAAUGAUGUAUGGCUUAACUGCGAAUACAGAAAAGGGUGCGAUUAUUGGGUCCACACAUUAUGUGUAGGAAUAGUGGUUAAGCGCGACAGUGAUCUUGAUGAUGUUAAUUUUUUCUGUCCCGAACACAUUCGGAAAUUUAUGAAAUAA